AGUUGGCCUUUCCAUUUUCUGCUCGAAGCCGUCAGACAUUUUGGAAUAGAUUCGUUUGUUGAAAUUUUCACUUGCUUCAGUGAGGAAUUUUAAAUCUGCAUCCGCCGCAAAAACUUGGAACAUGAUUCGUGCAGCAUUAUUGUCCAAAUGGAAUAGAUCGGUGGCGGGAUCACUGGUUACAACCAGGGAUUACUCGACUUUGAAGCUGCUAAAUGGCAGAGCAGUGCACCCACGUGGUGAGAUUCUGAGCCCAAUUCGCUGCUUCUCAGUUGAUGGUGGCAAUGAGGGCAAACCCAAGAACAUGCCGCCUGGCUUUGUGGCUCCUGGGUCCCCCUCCUCCAUCAAUGCUGGCAUCCUAGGAAGCAGCUCGUUGGGAAAUAACCCCGAGAAUACCACUAGAAAGGGCGUGACUAUUUCUGAGGUACAGUCGCCUCCCGUUUCCAUAGUCACCUCCGGCGGAAAAUUGGGCAGAGCCGAUCCCUUGGACACCAACUCCAUUGUACGCAGCCAGGGCACCGAAAAGGGAUGCUCAAAUGAGGAUAAGAAGACCGAGGCCCAGAAGAAGGCAGCAGAGGCCAAGGAGGCGGCUGCCAAGCAGUUGCAGGACAUCAUGGCCAACAUGCCCAGUAAGCAGCAGACAGAGAAAUACUUCUUUCGCGUGGUGGCCUUCAUCUAUGACCUGACCUACCUCACCGGCACCUGGCUAUUGAACUUUAUCGAGCACAAUGUUGUCCGAAAUGCCACGGUGCAGCACUACUGGAAGAGAUUCCACGAGAAAAUGGAACAGGCCAAGAAGGAUUAACUCCCAGCGGAGCAAAAAUAUAUAUUAUACAACUCAGCGAAUUACAAAAAAUAAAACAGAUCGCUGACGAAUCCAAAA